AUGGUGAAUAUUGUGGACCUAGCACCGAAGAUGAUCAGCACUAUAUUUGAAUACCUUGAGCAAACGAAGGAUAGACAAUGUCUAGCCAAAAGUCAUCCAGUAUUUAAGGAGGCUAUUGCCAUUUACGCCGUCGAAAGCAAAUGCUACGAGAAAAUACAAAUUGAGAGUUUGCCUAUUGAGGACUGGUCGUUCAUAUUAUCCGCAUGCGGCUCAACUGUUCUGCACAUUGCGUGUUAUAGUGCGGAGAUUGCCUCGGCUGCCGUCAAGCUGGCAUCCGAAUAUUGUCCCAACUUGAAGGAACUUAUCAUUCCAAUACGCCACGAGUAUUGGAACGAGGUUAAGCCGUUGCUAGUGGGACUGGAGAACCUGAAGGGUCUGAUAUUGAGGAAUGACUACACUCCAAUUGAUUUAACGGCCUUAGUGAAACUCCCCGGACUGAUCACCCUGCUAUUGUUUGCGUUUAACCCUAAAGACGUACUGCCAGUCGUCAAUUUGUUGCAACUGAAGAAUAUAUGUAUAAGGAACGUCGACAUUGUGCUCAACAUCUACGAAUUCUGCCGCGGCAUGGCGCAGCUUGAAUCUAUAGAAUUGGAAAAGGUUCACAUAAACUUUCCAGCUACUUUUACGCGUGAUCCGCUGUGGUCCAAGCUGAGGUACCUGAAAAUCGGGGUUGUACGUGUUUCAAGCGAAAUGCCGUACUUACCGAAGCUGAAAAUACUGUACAUUAAAUGCCACUCCGAUAUAGAACUGGGCAAGAUAUUAGGCAGAUCGGUCACGCGCUAUUCAAACACCUUGCUGGCGCUGCGCUUGUAUUGCACUGACAAAUGCUCCAGCCAUGAAAAUAAUGCCAAGACCAUCGGACAACUAAAGGCCCUAAAAUCGCUUGUCUUCUCCAAUCUGAAUAAUACAUAUUUGCACUUCAUCAAGUCGGAUCAGCUCCAGAAGGUGAUCAUACUAUCCUCCAAUAAAAUAACCAACUCGUCAAUCCUUGGCCUACUCCGAGGGUAUGUCAACCAAGGAACUGGGACUUCGAAUCCGUAUUACAAUUUGUUGGUCGUCAAAAUAUGCGAAAAUUUUAUACGUGAGCGUCCCUUUACCGUACCUGAUCCGCUCUUUGAAACUGAAUACUUUGUGCAUGAAUAA